GCGGUAAAUUGCUUAGCAAAGUUUUUGUUGUGAAUGUUAGUAUUCAUUGUGUCUGCCCCAAGUUAUUUAUCUGAUAGUAGUGUAGUUUAUUGUUGUUGGAUUACUUUUGAAUUAAUUUUAGCAGCGGUAAUUUCGUGACCGGUGUCUAUUUACAUUUAGAUCAGCCCAGUUUAUUACCAUUUAAAUUUUGGUUACGGACGAGUUUUAUAUUAUAAUGUUUUAUAAUUGUUCGUCAUAACUGUGUAGAAGUUUUGGUGUCUUUUCUUCUGGGGCAUACUACACAUCUUCCAGCGACUUGUGUUCUCUCUUGAGACGACACAGGUGCUGGAAGCAGCUGAGUACUUGAUUUUGGCUGCCUUCGUUCGAAUGGUCUUAGGAAAUGCCUCUUUGUUCUGCUCAAAACUGCAGUUCUGAUGCCGAUGAAGGAAAUUUAUUGAUAUCAUUUUGUCGCAGCAAGACAAGGCCUGAUAGCUGGAAGUAUCUGAUUGGUUGUGCAGAUCAAAAAAGCAAGCACUCAACCUACUUGUAUUUUUGUGAAAAACAUUUUGCACCUAAUCAGUGGACAGUGAACAAAGCAGGAGUGAAGAACUUGAAACCUUUUUCAGUCCCAUCAAUCUUUAAAAGUGAGCCAUUGGAAGAACCAGAAAUAAGUGUUGAACGUUCUUUUGAUCAACAAAACUUGAACUCCAGAGAUUCAGACAUCCCUAAAACCGGUUUUGAUUAUCAUUUUAUCCUUGGUGGCUACUCUGAGGAUUCUGGCAUCGAAAACGAGGAAGAAAUGAAUGAUGACAUUGAUAAAGUUUGUAAGUUAUUGCACUUGGAAAUCACAGAGAAUGGUGUGAAGUCGUUCCGAAGCAAGAAGAGAAAACCUGAAACUGAUGGCCUAGAGCUUGAGACGAAGGAGCAAGUGGAGAAUGAAGUAAGUUUACUGAGGCGAGAGGUUGAGGACCUGCAGAAACAGUCCACUCACCUUGAGAACCAAUUCAAAACCUUAGAACGGAAUUUGAAGCAAGUUUUUCACCAGGAUCAAAUCAGGGCGAUUUUGGCACAAUCCGAUGUUGGUAGCUCGUACCGUUGGUCAGAGGAUACACUUCAAAUGGCAUUGGGACUGAGAUUUUCCCUUGGUACCAGCGGGUACGACUGUCUUUUGGACAGAAGCUAUCCUCUGCCUAGCUUGGAGUCGUUGAGAUUAAAUUUGCAAGGGAAGUAUCCGUUAUUGAGUAAAAUUUUUGAUUUGUUGAAAUUAAAGGUGUUUCAUAUGAAAGAAGAAGAUAAAAACUGUGUACUUCUCCUGGAUGAGCUGAAGUAUAAGAGUGAUGAAGAAUCUGAUUCAAAAACUCGUGUGCUAAUGACAUUGCGAUCUUUGAGAGGUAGCUGGCAGCAAAUUGUUUGUGAUAACAUAAUAAAAGUUGAUAAAAAGUUGCUCCCCAAGAGCUACAUCACUGAUAUUGUGAAAAAAACUGAAGAGUUAGGUCUUAAGGUUCAUGCAAUUACACUCAACAUCGGGGACAUUCUUAUGGGCAAGUUUUACAGCUCUUUCAAACUUACAUGUGGCCGUAGUGGAACUGUAAUCAACUACUUUCCUAAUCCGAGCGACUCUUCCCGCAAAAUGUACGUUGUUCCUCACGUGAUGAACGUCAUACAGAGGAUGAACAACAUACUGAUGCGUGUGGGCAGCAUUCGUCUUGCAAGUAAAACAGUGGAAACUUUCAAAUUACCAUCGUCGUCUGUGAAAGCCAGCCACAUCAAACUCCUGACUGAACACAUAGAGAGGAUAGAGGAGAAGCUUAAUUCAUCUAAUGCAUCUGAAGGAAAGAAAGAUACAGAGUGUAAGAUUAGCCAAGGCUUGAACUACUUGGUUGAUAACGAGAACUUUGACGCUGUACUGAAAACCACAGCAUGGUUUGUAGAGCUUGGUGAUAAAUGGUUUGAGAUGAUGACCGAGAAGGAACGUCUGCUGGCUCUGACGAAGAAACGAACUGAGGAAUAUGAAGAUAAAAUUCGGCUCCUAAGGAGCGUUGUCGACAUUUAUCGCAGCAUCUUGUUUGGCAUAGACAGUCGCUGGCGAGACAUUCAGUCACAAGUUGUAUUUGCAUCCAAAUCGGUGCUGGACAUUCAGAAACUAGUGCUGGAUGACCAAAUAAAUGACUUUUUCCAAACAUCGGUCGUAACUAUGGGCCGUGGGCCGCUAUUGUCCGGACAAUCGGUGGAUUGCAAUGCUCUGUGCUUGGAAGAGUUCCUUCAGCCUAUUUCAGAAUUUGAUUUUGAAAGCUGUAUCAGUGCUGUUAAAGAUGAACUGGAAGCGAGUGAACUAGUAGAACUGUUUCAGUGAGUUCAAAAGUCUGCAUUAUGAUGUGUUUUCUUCUACCAAAUUGUAUUCUUAUGCAAUAUAUUUUUUCAUAAAGUUUGUUUUAAAUAGGUUUAGUUAAAACUAUGUAUCAGUAACAAAUAGUAGUAGUUCUCAUGUUUGGUUGAUUUAAAAUCAAUUCUUAAAUGUUUUCAGAAGGUAUACUGACAAUGCGGCAAGCUUUUUUUACUUCAAGCUUAGUACCUGCUUAUAAGUUAGUCACUUAAUUACAGUAUUCUUACUUGGAAAUAUAUAUUUUUCCAUUAGAAUUACUAAUACCAGUAGGGUUUACAGUGAUUAUCUUAUGGCAGUUAGAGCCAGUAUUGGAUGAAAGGCAGGGGCGCAACAACAAGGGGGUGGGGGGGGGGGGGGCAAGGUUAUUUUGCCCCCCCUCUGAAACCUUGAAGUGGGGGCAAACGGGGGCAAAGAAAGUGCUGUGUAAUCAAUUUUUAGAUAAUAAAACUGCUUAAAUAGCACCAUUUUCCACCUUGAAAUACAAAUUUUCCCAGGGGAGGACCCCUGGACCCCCCGCUUCAAUACGGGGGAUUGAUGAUUCUUUAUAAUAAGGUAUAUUGCCCCCCCUUUGGAAAUUUAGUUGUUGCGCCCCUGAUGAAAGGGUAUAUGUGUGAUUUAGAUGUUUUAAUUUUUUUUUGCGUAUUUUUAAUGGUCAUUGAAGGAUUGUGACAUUGAAUUGAAGGAUUUUUUUUUACAGUAUUCAUAGUUAAUAAAGCUAGUUUUAUUUUUAUAAUAAAGAAGCCUGCUUUGUUUUGGAACAGUACUUAGUAUACUUUCUGAAUCAUGUAAAUUGUAUUUUUCAUGAGAUAGGUUUUUUUAGCUUUGUUUAGAAAUAAUUUUUUUCAUAUUUCUCAUAGUGGUUUUGCAAACCUUUGACAAGAUUUUAUUAUUUUUUGAAUAUAAAUUAGUAUCGUAAAGAGUUAAUGUAACAAUGAAUAAAAAAUUUAUUUCACUGUUCACAAAUGUAAAGGAGAGAAAAAAACUAAAUGAAGGGUGCAAUGAGCUGUUGAGAUAAAAAAAAAUUAAAAUAUUUAAUGAAAACUAUAUUAAUUUAUGGUGGCUUCUUAGGAAUAUUCAACCCAUAUUCAAAAUGUCAAUUCAUAAUUUUUUGAUUCGGUAGGUUUCAAUUUGGAUGCAUUUAACGUUCACUAAUUUUGCUGUCAUAAAAUUCUGAUAGGUUUCUCCUUUUAUAUUUUGGUUUCAUUUAUAAGCACACUUUGUUGUAUUCUUAAAUAUCACCCUCAACAUGCCAAAAGAAGUAUUACUUCAAAAAAGUUUAAAACCAACAUCAAAAAUUCAUAUUUUUAUGAGUUUCGUUAAAUAUAAAAGACGAGAAACAAAUUUACAAAAGAUUUUGUACAUAAAAAUCAGGUCACGUGACCAUUAUGUCUGUAAAAUGUGCCAAUUUAAACACAACUUCAGCCUAAACAUAGUGAGCAAAUACUUUAGAACCUCAAUUAUCUCUGAUACAGAAGCAAAUGGAUAGUAAAAUAUGGUUGAAUCAUGCUGAUCCUAAAUUUUUAUAAUUAACAGCAAUAAAUUGCAAUAAAACCUUAUGAAUAAAUCCUGGUAAGUGAACAGAAAAAUUGUUGUAAUCUAAAUCUCUUAUCAACCUCAGUAUUUGCUGAAAGAAUAUAUUUUCUCAAUUGUACGAAAUAAUUUUUAAUUUGUUUCUUUUUGCUUAUCAUGGACAGACAGACAUUUCCCUCUCCCCUUGGCUUUUUUCUGGCAUUACUUUGUGUGUCAUACUAUGCUACUACUUAUUAUAUAAGCCUAAAACUUAUUAAAAUGUAAUUCUUACUGGGAUUUUUAUAUUACCCUAAGCAUUGAUGUUUUCUUAAACACAAUGAUUUAGUUUUUUCUAGUGAUUCUACUGUUGGAAGUUAUGUGCAUAUGCAUGCACAACUGUAGGAGGGUUUGCUAAAAUGUUUUUUUAGGAAAGGAAAAAAAGGUAUUUUUUACAAGUAAAAUAUCCUUUUUUAAUAGCUUUUGUGUUCUGAUAACAAUAAAUAUAUUACAGUACUCCAUAUUUCAUUUGUCUAUCAGCUAUGAAAUGUUUUGAAUCUUUGAAUGAUAAGCAUCUAAUAGCAUGUUCUGUGUUUAGAGUUCUAAUGUCUGUAACAUUUACAUGGGCAUAAAUGUAUUUUAUUUUUUAGAACUGUGGUUUAAAAAAUGAUGUGACUAUAAAAGUACACUUCUAUAAAAUAAGCUCAGAAUAAAACAAAUUUUUUUUGUACAUAGCUUGAAUUUGUUGACUGUGGUAUGAAUUUGAGAAGGAAAAAAAAAGUUUUUAAAGUGGUUAAGAUAUCUAUGUUUCUAUGGCUAAAGAAAACUAGUUAUGUGUUUUACAAAAUGUAAAUAUGCUGUCUGUUAAAUACUUUAGCUGUACAUUCAUUAUUACACUUAUCUUUUUUAAGCUUAUACUUAGUAUGUUCCGUGGGGAAAAUAUUCAUUUUUGUAGUAGUUCUCUUUUUGAGAUUGUUACAGUGGAACAUUAACAAAGCUACUUCAGGAUUUGGAGAAAUGAUUACAGUUGUCAAAGGGGUGUGUGGCUACAGUUAGUCAAAUAUUGUUAAUAUGAACCCAAAGAGACCACGAUUGUAGUGCUCUGUACAUAAUAGCAUGGUUUGAUGUAUAUAUUUUUUUUUAAUUAAUCAGUUAUGAUUUUGAACCAUUAUUAAUCUCAGUGUGCAUUAAGUGGUUUAUUUUGUUGUGUGGAAUUGUUCUGCAUGAAGAAUGUUUAGUACCAGUGAUGUUAGGUGCACUGAUAGUGUGAAAAGUAAUGCAGGAAAUGUGUUUCCAAACAAAUUUAUCAGAAAAGACAUUUGUAAUGCUAAAUUUGUUGCUUGUAACACUUUAAAAUAAGUAGACAAGAUAAGCCCUAGCUAGUCAGCUAGUAGGAACGUAUUUAACAAUUUGGAGGUAAACAAUUGAUAUUAGUUAAUGUGUACUAAUUUGUGUUAUUCCUAAGAUAAGCUUUUUUACUCAGUUAAAAUUCUACACAUACCUUAAGGUAACUGAGCUUGCUGUUUUUCUGAUUAAACUUGAACUGAUCACACAAUGUUACAUUUAGGGAAUCUACUUUGUCAUCACGAUAAUUUUAAAAUAUUACAUUACACCAUUCCUUUUUCUGUGAAAAUUGGUCUCACUUUAUGUUGCUUAGUUUAAUUUUUCUGUCUGUAUAAAGUUUUAUUUUAAGGAGUGAAGUUUGUUGCAAAAGUAUUGAUUUUUUUUUGUUCUGUUUUUUUUUUUACAAUCUCGUAAUUGUAAACAUUAUUUUUGAAAUUAAAUUAUUAUUGAGAAAAUA